AUGGAGGAAACAGUAGUCCUAAUAGUAGGGGCUGGUCCUUCAGGGCUAGGGAUUGCUGCUUGCUUAACCAAAAAAUCAAUCCCAUACAUUCUUCUAGAAAAAGAAGAUUGUUGUGCUUCACUUUGGAAAAAAAGAGCUUAUGAUAGAUGUAAUCUUCAUUUAGCCAAAGAAUUUUGUUCUUUGCCCUUUAAACCCCAUGCAAAUCAUGUUAAAAGGUUUAUGAAUAAAUGUGAUUUUAUUAAUUACAUUGAUGAUUAUGUUAAUUAUUUUAAUAUUAAUUCGUAUUAUUUUCAUCGUGUUGAAUCUGCUAUAUUUGACGAAAAUAAAGAAAAAUGGUUAGUCGAAUCGAAAGAUCUUCGAUUUAAUGUCACAAAAAGUUUCGCUAGUAAAUUUUUAAUUGUCGCUACCGGUGAAAAUAGUAAGAGUUACACCCCGAGUGUUCCUGGACUUGAGGAAUUUGGAAAUGCUGUUAUUCAUUCUAGUGAGUACAAGUCCGGUGAUGAAUUUAAAGAUAAAAAUGUUUUGGUUGUUGGGUGUGGAAAUUCAGGCAUGGAGAUUUGUUAUGAUUUAUGUAAUUCUGGUGCAAAUACUUCUAUUGUUAUAAGAAGUCCGGUUCAUGUGUUUACAAAAGAGGUUAUAUUUAUUGCAAUGACAUUAUUGAAAUAUUUGAGCAUUCAAAUGGUUGAUAAAUUAGCCAUUUUUGCUGGUCAAAUUUUAUAUGGAGAUUUAUCAAAGUAUGGCAUUUAUCGCCCAAAAAAAGGUCCUUUUUUUCUUAAGGCUACUACAGGAAGGAGUCCAGUUAUUGAUGUGGGAACUAUAGCCAAAAUCAAAUCAGGAAAAAUUAAGGUUGUGCCUUCAAUUAUGAGCAUUAGCAAGGAUAAAGUCACGUUCGAAAAUGGCUUUGAAUCGCAAUUUGAUGCAAUUAUAUUUGCGACUGGGUAUAAAAGUGCAGCAUGCGACUGGCUUAAGGAUUAUGAUUUUGUCCUAAAUGAUAAUGGAUUUCCAAAGAACAGUUACCCAAACCAUUGGAAGGGCAAAAAUGGACUCUAUUGUGCAGGACUAGCAAGAAUGGGACUUCAAGGAGCAUCUAAGGAUGCCAUAGCUAUUGCUAAUGAUAUCGAGCUUGCUCUACAAAAUAUGGUCGCUUUAGAGGAACUUUAA